AAUCAAUCAAUGUAAAAAAAAUUGUUAAUUGUAAACUGCAAAUGCAAAGUAAAUGUACAAAGCUGUGUUUUUGUUGGUGUUUGCGGCGAUUCAGUACGUUUUAAGAUUUAUUUAAAUGAAAUGAAAUUCAACUCAACAACUAAUAAGGACUAUCCUAUAGUGCCAUAAUCACAAAAUUCUAUAUUAUACCUUACAAACGAAGUCAAAGAACUGUACAAUAAUAAAAAGUCUGCGACCUAUUUCCUUUCACAGCAGUUGUAGAUUCAACAUUGAUGUUUUAGCCAAAAGUUCUAAUUCAACAUUGCACUGGAGAAAAAGAUGCAAAAUAUUGAAAAGUUGAUAACAGAGCAACUUCGAAAUCCAAACGAGCUAGACAUAAGUUUGAGGAUGGAGUUUGGUCCCUUUGAAACUGUUCACAAAUGGAAGCGCAUGUCUGAAUGCUACGAGUUUGUUGGUGCCAGGAGGAGUAAACACACAGCUAUUGCUUACAAGGAUGCCAUCUAUGUGUUUGGUGGUGACAACGGCAAGUCCAUGCUAAAUGAUCUAAUCAGGUUUGACAUCAAAGAAAAAUCGUGGACAAAGACACUGUGUAUGGGGAUUGCACCUGCACCAAGAUACCAUCAUUCUGCUGUGGUACACAGAUCUUCAAUGUUUGUGUUUGGUGGUUACACAGGAGAUAUAUUAGCAAACUCUAACUUGACCAAUAAAAAUGAUUUGUUUGAAUACAAAUUCCCAACUGCUCAAUGGAUACAGUGGAAAUUUACUGGCCAGGAGCCAGUGCCACGAUCAGCGCACGGCGCCGCUGUGUAUGACGACAAACUGUGGAUAUUUGCCGGGUAUGAUGGGAAUGCGCGGUUGAAUGACAUGUGGACUAUUAAUUUAGUGGGGGAGAAUCACCAGUGGGAGCACGUGGAGCAGAAGGGCGAGUGUCCGCCCACGUGCUGCAACUUCCCCGUGGCGGUGGCACGCGGGCGGAUGUUCGUGUUCAGCGGACAGAGCGGCGCCAACAUCACCAACGCGCUCUUCCAGUUCGACUUCGAGUCGCACACGUGGAGCCGCGUGUGCACGGAGCACCUGCUGCGCAGCGCGGGCCCCGCGCCGGCGCGCCGCUACGGGCACGUCAUGCUGCACCACGCGCGCCACCUCUACGUGUUCGGCGGCGCGGCCGACAGCACGCUGCCCUCCGACCUGCACUGCUACGACCUCGACACGCAGAUGUGGUCAGUGGUGCAUCCCGCUGCGGAGUCCCAGAUCCCGUCGGGGCGGCUGUUCCACGCGGGCGCUGUGGUGGGCGACGCCAUGUACAUCUUCGGCGGCACCGUCGACAACAACGUGCGCAGCGGCGACCUCUACCGCUUCCAGUUGUCGAACUACCCUCGCUGCACGCUGCACGACGACUUCGGUCGCAUCCUCAAGUCGCAGCAGUUCUGUGACGUCACGCUGCUGGUGGGCGCCGACCAGACCGCCGUGUUCGCGCACCAGGCGAUGCUCGCCGCGCGCUCGCAGUACCUACGAGCUAAGAUCAAAGAGGCAAACGAAGAAUUAGCCAAGCGCAUAGCGGCCGGUGAAGAGGAACCGACAGCUGAAUGCUCGUACAAGGCGCGCCCGAAGCUGACGGUGAAGCUGCCUGAAGCCACCCCUGAAGCCUUCCGCAUGGUGCUGAACUAUAUCUACACAGAUAGAAUAGAUCCCACAGAAAAAGAUGAGGAUCCGGCCUCUCCGGCGACGAUCCUGCUGGUGAUGGAGGUGCUGCGGCUGGCGCUGCGGCUCAACAUCCCGCGGCUGCGCGGCCUGUGCGCGCGCUACCUGCGCGCCAACCUGUGCUACAGCAACGUACUCCAGGCGCUGCACGCGGCGCACCACGCCAACCUCACGUGCAUCAAGGAGUACUGCUUGAGGUUCGUGGUAAAGGACUACAACUUCACGGCGAUAGUGAUGUCGCCGGCGUUCGAGGAGAUGGAACAGAAGCUGAUGGUGGAGGUGAUCCGGCGUCGCCACCAGCCGCACCACAAGCUGGCGCCCAACCACGACCAGGAGGAGGAGGUGCAGGGCACGACGCUGGAGCAGGACAUGUCGGUGUUCGUGGGCGGCGCGGAGCUGGCGGACGUGACGCUGCGCGUGGCGGGCGCGACGCGGCCGGCGCACCGCUCCAUCCUCGCCGCGCGCGCCGCGUACUUCGAGGCCAUGUUCCGCUCCUUCUCGCCGCGCGACAACGUGGUCAAUGUCCACAUCUGCAACACGGUGCCGUCGGAGGAGGCGUUCGACUCGCUGCUGCGCUACCUGUACUACGGCGACACCAACAUGCCCACCGAGGACUCGCUGUAUUUGUUCCAAGCGCCCAUUUAUUACGGUUUCACGAAUAAUCGCUUGCAAGUAUUCUGCAAACACAACCUACAGAGCAACGUGUCGCCGGACAACGUGCUGGCGAUCCUGCAGGCGGCGGACCGCAUGAGCGCCGCCGACAUCAAGGACUACGCGCUCAAGAUGAUCGUCCAUCACUUUGAGUUGGUGAGUGUGUGUGACAUGCGGGCUGCACGCAAUACAGACAAACAAACAAACAAACACAACCUACAGAGCAACGUGUCGCCGGACAAGGUGCUGGCGAUCCUGCAGGCGGCGGACCGCAUGAGCGCCGCCGACAUCAAGGACUACGCGCUCAAGAUGAUCGUCCAUCACUUUGAGUUGGUAGCUCGACAAGAGGCAAUUAAGAAUCUCGCGCAGCCUCUCCUGGUGGACCUGAUAUGCGCGCUGGCGGACGACCCUCGGUUCGACUCCCUCCCGCAGCCGCGCUCGCUGCCCUCCUCCUCCUCCGCGGACACCAUCACAGACGACCCGGAGUACAUACGACAUCGAUGCGCCAAAUAGAAGAUAAAAUGCCUCUGCAUAGGUUACAACAGUAAAGUAUGACAUUCAACGCUGUGCCUGUGCAGUUGAUUUUGGAGUUUGAUUUAUAUCAAUUUCUAUACUGUGAAAAUUUUAUGGUUUUCUGUUUAAAUAACUUGAGAGCAAACUCCAUUUGCGUCAGGACUACCCACACUUUUUAAUAUAUCGUUUUUUGUGGAAGUACAUACAUUGAACUACUAAUAGUAUACCAUGCCACAGUUCGUUUCAUGUAGAAUGGUGCGAGUGACAGUCGUUUCAAUCUUGAAAAUUUGCCGCGAUUCACGGUAAUAGUACGUAUUAUGAACAUCAUACAGGCGACUGUCACCAUACCCAUGCAAUCUGAAAAACACUAUCAUUGUAACUUGCCAUAGAACAAAUAAUAAUACAAGUCAAAAUAUGUUUUUGAUAAAUCACUAAGUAGUGAGUUGUAGCAGUGUAAAUUAGAUAUAUCAAAUGCAUUAACUAGGUUAUUAAGAGGUGUUAUAUAUAGAACGAAAUUUAGGUGGAAAUAAUGAAAUGUACAAUAAAGUGAGUAAACAUACCAAUACAAUGGUUGCUGUAAAUGUAGGUCUGACUGUAAAUUAUUCUCUUAGCAAAUAGCAGAUAAAAAUCAUCUAGCAAAAGUAUUUAAAUUAAAAUUGGUAAAUACUCAGUAAAUACAAUUUUAAUUUAAAUACUUUUACUAGAUGAUUCCACAAGCGAUUCAAAAUUAUAGAGCCUAAUUGUCACACCAAAGUCUCUUUGUAUUAUAUGGUGUUUGAGACAAAAUAAUAUAUCUUUACAUAGAAUAAAAUGAAGUUGCUUCUGCUGAACGUUCACUUAGAUCUUUUAAACUAU